CCCCCUCCCUCUCUCUCCCUCGCCCCGCAUCUCGAUUUUCUCACGUAUUCCGUAGAUCUGUGGGGAGGUGGUGAUCCGUGCGGUUUAGGUGGUUCGAGGUGGGUAGAUCCCUUCUUGCUUGUGCCACGCUUGCUCAUAGAUCGCAUGAGCAGCCUCGGGUUGCCGGGAUUAGUGUUCUUGGGGUAGCUGAUUUUUUAGCUGAAACAUCAUAUAGCUGACCACUCUAUGGAUUUGAUUUUGUUCUGAUGUCCCGUGAUAGCUAUGGCACUGUGAUGUUGCCACUCUGAUCGUGUUUCUGAUAGCAGAUGAAUCAGAGUCAUGUGGAUGCUUGUAAAACGCGAGUCACUUAGAUUGAGCAUCCACGCUUGCUCUUAUUUUUCUGUUGCGUGGUUAAUGCAUCUCCAAGUGUUUCACCCUGUUAAAUUUACUAGCUUAUCUGCCAGGAUUUGAUAGUACGAAUCUAUAUAGGUCCAGUCAAGUCUAAUGUAAUUGUUUGUGCAUAUAGUUCAAUAUUAUGGGGUUUCUCCAUGUUAUGAAUAUGUUUCCUUGCGGGGCACUGGCAGACUGCAAAACACGUACAACAAGAGUUCGAACAUAGAUUAAGCUAUCCUUGAAAGCAUGUUUCUCCAAUAGCUUAGCCUUCUAACUCCUUGAAGUUAAUUCUACUGAUGAACCUAAUCGAGUUGCUGCUUGUGAUGUUGCUUUACCUUCAUGCGCAAUUGUCUUCUAGCAAUGAAACUAAUAGAGUUGCUGGUUUCGGUGUUCCUUUACCUUCAUGUGCACUAACACAACAUAGCAUAGUUGGAUUAUACUAAAGUGGUUGUGCCAUUAGCUUAGCCGUGAUAACUCCAUGUAAAUCUUCUGCCAGUGACAGAGUUUAGGUGUUAUUUUUACCUUUUAACGCAUUAACGUGUGUAUAAGUCGUCUUGUCUGUUAAGGUUCAAUUGUCGCUUCAUUUUGUGAAUGUCAAUCUCGUGGACCUAGCUCCCAAUUAUGUUCCUCAGUUUGUAUUAGUAAAUUUGUAGUUCACACGCACUUGAAUGUCAGGGUAUUGCAAUCACAUCCAUUCUUAUGCUAUAUGUUGUUUGCUUAUAACAGACAGUUUUUGUGUUAGUUUUAACUCAUAUUUCUGCGUACUUUGUACCUGUUCGGUUGUUUCAAUUCAUGUCUAAUGUCUUUCAUUAACUCUCACGGAGGUGCUGGCCGGCUGGUACAUACGUCAGUGCAUCAUCUAUCUCAUACUCUCAGUCACAUACUCACAUCUAUGUUAAUUGGAGUAUAUGCAUCUCCAAUUACAGCCUCAUAUUUUUUUGGACAUUCAUUUACAGCCUGAUCUACUUGGAUGUGCAGAUCUGGGAGUUUGAACAAUUCACCAAGAUUCCAGUUUGUGUAUAACAGAAUGGGUGGAAUUUAUCAUGAGAUCCUACCCAAAUCUGAGUACUUCUCCAAGGCACUGUACACCUUCCAUUUUGCCCAAAACGAUCUCACCUUGGGCUACUUCACCAAUAAGACUACCAAACAGAUUGAGGCCUAUGACCCCGAUCCGAAGGAGCGGUUCACUGUGGCAAUGCAGGAAGUUGGUGCCAAGGUGGAGUCCCUGCAGAGGCUGUUCACCCGGAAGGUCGUCUUCUCCAAGACCUCCCUAGCCUUUGAACAGGACCGCUCCAUCAAGUUGAAUCUAUGAAGACUCCCAUGCAUGGAGCAAUGUCGUCUUCGUCAGGCUGCAAUUAUAUGCCUAGGGGUGGUCAAACUUAAAAGUUCAGGGAAGAUUCAGACUACAUGUGGUAGUGCUGAACAUUGUUUUGUCGUUCAUCAAAUGUGUUAGUGCUUAUAAGGUUAUAGCCUCAGGUUAAACUGAAAAUCUAUCUGCAAUUUGGCUUUACAUUUUCUAAGUACGAAUGAUGCCUACAAUUGUUGAAGAUUAAUUAGUUAUUAUGGAUUUAUGGUACCAUGUAGUGGUGCGUUGAUUAUCUGGCGCUGAGUAAUUAACUGAACGUUAUUUUGGUGUUCAUCGAUUGUGGCAUUGCGUAUGCUCUAUUACAGCUUCAGUUUAAACUGAAAACUAUCUAAAAUUUGGAUUUAGAAUGUCUAACUGUGAAUGGUGGCUAGCUUCGGUUGCACCUGAAAUACCAAAGAUCACACUAAAAUCUUUUUUUACAAAACCUCUCGUAGCUUAGUUGAAUUUAUUUAUUUUUUGGUUUAGUAGAAGGAAAUUUAGCCUUGCCUCGAAAUUCGGAAAAGAUGGAGUAUAAUUUUUGUUGACUAAAAAAAUGAAGUGACUUUUAACAGCUGGGGGUGUGUUCUGUUUUUCAACCGUGUUAAUGUAUACUUUUUGAAUGUAGAAUGGAACUAUAUCUGUUUGUUCAACCAGAGAGAGGAGCUGUUUUUCAACCGCGUUAGUCUAUACUUUCAGAAGGAAAAAUGGAACUAUAUCUAUUUUUUAAGCUUUUCCAAUAUUGGAAGAUGAAAAAUGUACACUUUUGGCUGUGCAGUGAUUUUUCCAGGCUAUCCUUCCAAUGUAUUGAACCUGAUCAUCUCUGAUUAGUGUUGUUCCUAAUUCUUGAAGGGUACACCAUUGAGUGGCAAUACCACAUGUGUAUCCAUUGCAACUUGGAGGUACGAUCUAGUGAUUAGCAGCAUGAAGUGCUGAGCACGUCGUGUGUUGUGUGUUGUUGGUAGAGUAUGCGUUUUUGGGCCUGAAUUGCGAAACUAACUUAGAUUUCCUGGUUGUUGUUUUUAGUAUAGUAUACCUUUUCCUGAAUUAGGAACCUUACUGAUUUUUUUGGUUGUGUGUUAUCAGUGUAGUAUACAAUUUUUGGGCCUGAUUUGUUACCCUUAUCCGGGAUUUUCUGCAAUCAGUGAUGCACUCGUGGUCAUGAGUAUUUGUUAGUCUACUUUACUUAUCUCUACCUAAUAAUAAAGCACGUAGGGUUUCUGCCCGUCCGUAAAAGCCCUUGCGUUUUCAUGAAAUCAACCCGCAGCCGGAUUUAAGUCACACCGAACCGUUAUUUUACAGUUUUUCGAAACCCCCCUGACUUUUUAGGUAUUCCAUCCGCGGAACAUAUUUAAGUCAAACAAAUGCUUUUCUAAACCAUCCAUAUCUUUUAAACCGUAACUCCGAUUUAAACAUGUUAUAUAUAAAAUUUAAUUAGAAAAAUAUGUAGAAUACGAAUAUAAGAUUAUUUUAACCUGUUAAGUAUUUAUAAAUAUUAUUUUAGAAGAUAAUUAAGUCAAACAAAUGGUUUUCUAAAUUAUACGUAUCUUUUAAACCGUAACUCCGAUUUCAACAUGUUAUAUAUGAAAUUUGAUUAGAAAAAUGUGUGAAAUCUGAAUAUGAUGUUAAUUUUACCUGUUAAAUAUUUUUUAGAUAUUGUUUUGGAAGCAAACUUAUAACUAUAGCGCAUGAUCCAAUUUUUUUUGUACAGAUUUCUCAUUGCGAGUGUGAGAGAAAGCGAGAGAGAGAGAGGGAGAGGGAGGAGAGAGGGAGAGAGAGACGUCUUAGGAUUAACCACAUACAAACAUGUUUUGGUUUGUGUGAACACUAAGGCCAUCGCCGGCGAGGGUGAGAAGAAGGAUAAGCGGCAACACAAAUAUGAUGCGUCGCUAAAAUAAAGGAGAUGGACCUAUUGUGGUCUUGAGUGAUGGUUGUUCAGUUAAGAGUGUGUGUUGUGUUUUUUCUCCCGUUGCAACGCACGAGCUCUUUUGCUAGUAGAUUUAAUUGUUUUUAGUCACCCGUAUGUUAGUUAACUGAAAUUUGUUGGCAGUGGUUCAUUAUGUUCUUUAACUGCUGUACUGAAGCAGCGGAUCAAAGCAUUUAAAAACAAUUAGCUCUUGAGUAAUUAAGUAAGACUUGAUGGUUGUGUUAUAUAUAUUAUAGUAUAUACAUUUUUUGGCCUGAAUUGCAAAUCUGAUUGAAAUUUCCUGGUUUUGUGUUAUCAUUAUUAUGGUAUACUAUUAUGCCGGCAAGCUUUUUGUUGGUGCUUUAUUUCCUGUCCUUGCUAAACUUUUGAUACUCUCUGCAAUGAUGAAAUGUUUCUGCAUGUUAGAUAAGUACCAGGGCAACCAUAAAUGAUGUACCUUCCUUUAGUUGAGCUGUCUUACUGUUUUCUCGUCUAGCUUUUUGUUAAUAUACACACUGGAAUUCUCGAUUCUGGAACCCAUGAACUCUUUGUCUCUUCCCUGUGACCUAUUUCUCAUCUACUCCUGCUUGUAAGAAAAGUCUAUUAUGUGCUAUAUAGGCAAAAUAUACAUAAUUGGUUCUCUUCUAUAUGCUUUCCUUAUUCCUUAAUGAAUACACUUGGUUCACAAAAGCAUUGGGAUAAUUAGCUGAACAAGUUUUGCCUAUUUUUGUUUCUUUCAUCUCCUCUGAUUAUUUCCUGGCACUUGUGAAAUUGUUCGGAUUACUUAGCUUCGUUCAAUUGCCAUGUUGCUCAGCUGAGUUCAUACUGUACCUCAGGACAUGAACUGCAAGUGGUGCUAGGGUUUGAUUGCUGGAUGGAACAACACCAAGAACGUGCGUUAUUACUCCAGCCACAUGGAAGCAAGCAGGCAUGGCGCCGCCCACGUGGCCUGAUUAGUGAUCAACCACACGUAUGAUAUACCCGUAUAUACUUGUCGAUCAUACAUACAUGUGUACCCACAUAUUCUUGAUUAGUUGGUUAAUAUAUAAAUAGAUUCUUAAUUGGUCUAUUAGUUCGUGUGAUGUUACGAAUGAAAAGAAAAUUACUGGGGAGUUAUUGCAUGGAAUAAUUUUGUGGUAAUGGUCUUGCAAUUGAAACAAACAUUUUCUUGCGACAUGUAUUGGAUCCGUCUUCUUCCA